AUGUCAACCAUGGAUGAGGGCAAACGGCCCGCGAAAUGGGACCUCGACAGCGACGAGAUCGCGUCGGUCGCCUCCGAGGACCUCUACCAGAACCGGCCGAACCGCUGGACGGGGCCCAAGUCGUCGUGGCGCACGCUCACGGCGGAGGAGCGGCAGCUGUGGCGGUCGAUGCGGCAGCUCGAGCACCAGGACCUGGGCGUGCAUCUGUACGACGCCUUUGCGCUGAAGCGGCAGGGCAGGGACCCGGCGACGGCGCGCAUGCUCACGAUACAGACGGAAGAUGGAGAGGAGGCGGUAUGGGCGCCGCCCAAGCAGUGGACCGCCUGGCCGCUCAGGGAAAAGAACGUCCCGCGGGAACAUCUCGUCAAGCGGCAGGACGACGAGGACGAGCAGUUUACGAUACGCCGUGACGAGACGAGGGAUCUGCCGAGCGCGGAUCUGCAGGACGAACUGGGCGCGGCGAUUCUGCGGCUCGCAAAGGAGCGCUUCCGAAAGCGCAAGCGGUGGCAGCCGGUGCGGGCGUCGAUAGAAUCUACGGCUGCUCCGGGCACCAUCAAGCGGGAGUUUGACGACGACGACGACGAAGUUGAGGAGGAGGAGGGCGAUGAGGGGACGUCGAUGCCUUUGUCGCCGCCCUUGCCGGUGAAGCACGAGUCUGGCGAGGAGAGCACGGAUAUGAUGCAGCUCGACACUGAUUUCUCGGGGCGGGGGGACGGAUCCGGGCGGCGACAGUCGAAGCGUUCAAAGUCGAAGAGAGUCACGGAAGAAAAGACGUACGAGCCCAUGGUCUCGACAAACGACGAGCUUUCCUACGCGCUGCUCCAGCCCUCGGUGCGGCACAUCCUCUCCCAGCUCGACAAGACGCUCGACAUCCUGCACAACGCGCGCAUCGCCGGCCUCUCCUACCUCUCUGACUCGCCAAGCGACUCCGACUCCGAUUCGCAGGCAGCACCAGCAGCAGCAGAGGGCGCCGCGCCGCGGAAGCGCUCACGCGGCCGUCCCCGAAGCCUGCCCCGACCCGGCGGCGCUGCCAGCGAUGACGGUGCUGGUGCGACGAAACCGCGGACGAGCCGCCGCGGCCGUCCCCGCAAGGUGCACGUCCCGCGCGAGGGCGAGACCGAGGAAGAGAUGCGCCUGCGCGUCGCCCGCGAGGGCCACCGCCGGCUGCCUUACACGCAGAGCGACCGCGACGCCGCCUUCGAGGAGUGGCUGCGCCAGGGCGACGAGCGCAUCCAGCGCCGCCGGAGCAAAAGCCUCGAGACGGCGGGCGCGGCAGCAGCAGCAGCAGCAGCAGGGGGCGCCCAAUCCGACGCACCGGACGAUACGGAUGCGCAGCCCAGCAGCCAAGGUGGGGACUCCUCCUACAACGAUGCUGCGCCGGGCCGCCUCCUCGACGACGAGGACAACAUCGACCGUAAGCUCCGCCGCUGGGGCCUCCGCGACUGGAGCGACGUGGUCGGCGCGGCGGCGCUGGCCGGCUUCCCUGAGGAUGUCAUCAAGCGCACGGCGAGGCGCUGUGCGGACCUCUUCGGCGAGGGCAUGGUCAUCAGGAGGCUCGACGAGGCGCCCGCGUCGCGCGGCCCGGGCUUCCACACCACGGAAUACCGCCCGGAGCGCAUCCGUCUCUCCUCCACCGCCUCCUUAUCGGCAUCCUCCUCCGACGAGGAAGCGCGCCCUACGCUCCGCCAGCGCCGCCUCGCCUCCCUCGCCUCCUCUCCAUCCACACCCGCCCACAGCCGCGGCCGCGCCCCCGGACGCUCCGCAACCCCCGCCCCGGCCUCCACCUCCAGCCGCCCUCCCUCAUCAUCCUCCGCACCGGCAGCAGCAGCAGCAGGCUCUCGCUCCCGCACGCGCAGCCGCUCCUCCGCAGGCCUGCUCUUCUGCCCCGUGUCGACGUGCGACCGCGCCGCCACGGGGUUCGCUCGCCGCGCCAACCUGCGUCGGCACAUGCACCUCGUGCACCCGGAGGGCACCGGCACCGGCGUGGGCGCCGAAGACGAGCGCGACAGCGAGGACGAGGCCGUGGGCGCGGUGCACGUCGACGGGUUCCUGCGCACGAUACAGGUCGGGCGCGGGUGGCGCGCCGAGGACGUGGCCGAGCGCAAGAGGAAGGCGUUUUGGCGCGGACGGCCGGUCCGGAGCAGCGCGUCGAGGAGCCGUCCGCAGAGCAGUGACGACGUCGUCGACGAUGACGGGGAUGACGAGGCGGCAGACGACGAGUCGUCUUGA